CUAAACACAGUGCAUCUGCCUGCAGCCUGCCUGCACGCCUGCCUGCAGCCUGCCUGCAACCAACUCCAGGCUUGCUUCCCAGCCAUGCUGCUGCUCCCACUCCUCCUGAAGGCCACCCUGCUGCACCUGGCCAGUGGCUUCUACCACCCCUUCCACAACGGCUUCUACUACAACCACAUAAUGAAUGACAAUGGCGACGAGCAGGACAGAGUGGAUUACUUCAGUGGAUCCAGACUAGUGGUGGAAGCCUCCAAAGACCCUGUCUACAGCUACAAUGGUGCCAAUGUCACCCUGCCCUGCCACUACCGCUACGAGCCCAACCUGGGACCUAAGCGGAAAAUCCGCAUCAAGUGGUCCAAGCUGCGGGAUGACUACACCAAAGAGCAGGAUGUGAUGGUGGCCAUUGGCAAGACCUACGUGGCCUUUGGGGACUUCAAGGGCCGUGCUCACUUCCGUCAGGCCGGCGAGGCCAGCUGGCACGAGGCCUCGCUGGUCAUCAGCGAUGUGCGCUUGAAGGACGAUGGCAAAUAUCGAUGCGAGGUCAUCGAUGGGCUGGAGGAUGAGAGCGACGUUGUGGACCUCCGGCUGCAAGGCAUCGUGUUCCCCUACCAGCCUCCCCGCGGGCAGUACAGGCUCAAUUUCCACGAAGCCGAGCAAGUGUGCCAGGACCAAGGUGCCAUCCUCGCCAACUUUAACCAGCUCUUCCAGGCGUGGAGCGAGGGGCUGGACUGGUGCAACGCGGGCUGGCUGGCCGAUGGCACGGUGCAGUACCCCAUCCGCCUGCCCCGCAAGCCCUGCGGGGGCGUGCACCUCGCCCCGGGCAUCCGCAGCUACGGCCCGCGCCACCGGCACCUCCACCGCUUCGAUGCCUUCUGCUUCUCCUCCGCGCUCAAAGGAGAGGUUUUCUACCUGGACCGCCUGGCUGGGAUGACGCUGGAGGAGGCCAAGCAGAGCUGCCAGGAUGCAGGGGCCGAGAUCGCCCGGGUGGGGCAGCUCUACUCCGCCUGGAAGUUCGCGGGGCUGGACCGCUGCAGUGCCGGCUGGCUGGCAGAUGGCAGUGUCCGCUACCCCAUUGUCACACCCCGGGCCAAUUGUGGCCCCGCGGAGCCCGGUGUCCGCAGCUUCGGCUUCCCCAGGAAGGGCAGGUUUGGCGUCUUCUGCUACAGAGAGAGAUAAGGACCCGGGAGAGAUCCUUCUUGGAUGAAGGAUGUUUCCAGCCUGC